AUGUCAAAUAUAGAGGCGAGCAAACUAUAUGAAACUAUAGUCGAGGAUGUGAUUACUGAUUCACGACAAGAUUUCGAGAAUAUGGGGAUUGAUGAGUCUACAUUGCAAGAACUUCGUAAAAUUUGGUGUGAGAAAUUAUCACAGACUCAAGUCUGUAAGUUUUCAUGGGAUGAAGAAGAGGAUGAUGAUGAAGAAGAAGAGGGAAAAGGGGAAGAAGUUGCAGAUAGUGCUAGGGAUAAUGCCAUCGAUGGCGGAAGUAACGGCCUCGAUUCUGAAAACCAGUUACCACCGGUAACUACCGGUGAUUCUGCGGUGUCUGUACCUGAGCCAGGAGUGAAUAAUAGCUCAUCUACAGUCGCUGUCAAUGAUAAUGGAACUGCUGAGAAUGGUUCAAAUGAUGCAUUAAGUUAUAAUAACAACCUUGGGAUUGAGUUGCCAUCACUACCUAAAACAGAGCUGCAACAAGAUGGAGAAUUAGUCUUACCCCAGAUUAAUCAGACUGAUGGAACUUUUGAAAUGGUGAUACAUAGCAACAAUGGAAGAGAGAUGAUGGAAAAAUUGCUACAAGAUAAGAUACAAAAUAGCCAAAAGAAGAAAAAGAAGGGCGAGAAUGGUGCAUUGCUGCGAAGGCGGACGUUUCAUCAAGUUGACGGAGCACUUGACGAUGAUGAUGAUGAUGACGACGAUGAUGAUGAUGAUGAUGAUGAAGAUGACGCCGAUAUAUUCAAUGACUCUGAUGACAUAAACUCAGACUUGGAUGAUGACAUUGAUAGUGAAAAGUCAGAUGAUGAAGAUGGAGAUCAAGAAGGUCAGAUUAUGCUUUGCUUGUAUGAUAAAGUUCAAAGGAUUAAGAACAAGUGGAAGCUGAACUUAAAAGAAGGUAUUGCAAAUAUAGAUGGAAAAGAUUAUGUAUUUCACAAAGCUACGGGAGAAUGUGAAUGGUAA